UCGCUUUCCGUCUGCCGGUGCCGUCUGCAGGGCGGGCGAGAGGCGGCCGCUGCGCCGGGCAGCGCGGGCGGGGGGACAGCGGUGACGGAAAGCGGCAGCUGGGGGGGGACGGCAGCGCUGGGUUGACUCCCUCCCCCCUUCCCCCUCCCGGCCGGAGGAAGAUGGAGCUCGGGUAGCGAGGGCUUGCGGGAGGAGCAGCGGGAGCAGAUAAGACAGUGAAGUCUUUAACUGCUCCAGAAGAAGAGAGUCUGGAAAGAAAAUGCCUCUGGCAAAAAAACUAUCAGGCACAUGAUACUGCAGAGAUUCAAAAUCAGAAGUAAAUCAGCUGGACAGUUGCCUCCUGCCUUCCUAAAUAGGCAAACAUACUAGAAACAGAAAAAGGGGCCUACCUACCUCAUUCCUGAGAAGGUGGGUGUGCUGCUGUGGAUGCCUGCCUCGUGUGCUUCACCAAAAUGAGUUAGGGCAUGCAGGAGGGAAGGGAGACUUUUGCAAGCAGAACCUAUCAUGAUUUCUCAGGGGACAAAAUGUUGCUUAUUCAUACCUUCUACUGUGGCAAAAAUGGAUUCUUUUCCUCACCAAAAACCAGCAGCAUAACACCCAUCCAACACCUGCCUCAAGGAACUCUCAUUUAAAGUCUAUUUUUAUUUCCCUGUAGCUGUGGUGCAAGCAAGAGCCAACCAACAUCAUCUGCUGCCAAUAGAAAAUCUCGAUGCCAGUCCUUACCCUUGGCAUGAGGUAAAGUCGCCACCAAGCCUGUGAGGAGGAAUCAACAGGAAAAAUCCAAUUAAAUGCUCAAAGAUGGAGACCUUUUAGCCAGCCAGUGAAUCCUGCUGCUGCAUGUCUGGCAGCACCUCUGAAUGAUCACAUGACUCUUGAUAUGGAUGCAGUCCUGUCAGACUUUGUUCGGUCCACAGGGGCAGAACCGGGUCUGGCAAGAGACUUACUGGAAGGCAAGAACUGGGACCUGACAGCAGCUUUGAACGACUAUGAGCAGCUGCGGCAGGUGCACACGGCCAACCUGCCCCAGGUGUUCAACGAGGGCAGGUUUUACAAGCAGCAGGAGCCAGAGCAGCCUCCCCAGGUGACCAAGGCUGAGAGGCCCUGCCUGCAAAGGCAGGAUGACAUUGCCCAAGAAAAGCGUCUUUCCAGAGGAAUCUCCCAUGCCAGCUCAGCCAUCGUGUCCCUCGCUCGCUCCCAUGUAGCAAACGACUGCAGCAAUGAGCAGUUCCCUUUGGAGAUGCCCAUCUACACAUUCCAGCUGCCAGACCUGAGCGUGUACAGCGAGGACUUCCGCAGCUUCAUCGAGCGCGACCUCAUCGAGCAGGCCACCAUGGUGGCGCUGGAGCAGGCAGGACGCCUCAACUGGUGGUCCACGGUGUGCACGAGCUGCAAGCGCCUGCUGCCCCUGGCGACCACCGGGGAUGGGAACUGCCUCCUGCACGCUGCCUCUCUAGGGAUGUGGGGAUUUCACGACCGGGACCUCGUGUUACGGAAAGCUCUCUAUACUAUGAUGAGAAGUGGAGCUGAAAGGGAAGCACUGAAAAGAAGAUGGAGAUGGCAACAGACUCAGCAGAAUAAGGAGUCAGGCCUGGUGUACACGGAGGAGGAGUGGGAGCGCGAGUGGAACGAGCUGCUCAAGCUGGCCUCCAGCGAGCCGCGCACGCACUUCAGCAAGAACGGCGGCACCGGCGGCGGAGUGGACAAUGCAGAAGAUCCAGUGUAUGAGAGCUUGGAAGAAUUCCAUGUUUUUGUCUUAGCCCAUAUCUUGAGAAGGCCGAUUGUUGUAGUAGCAGACACGAUGUUACGAGACUCAGGGGGAGAAGCGUUUGCACCGAUACCAUUUGGAGGAAUUUAUUUGCCACUUGAAGUUCUGCCAAACAGAUGCCAUUGCUCACCUCUUGUGCUGGCCUAUGAUCAGGCCCAUUUCUCUGCUCUUGUCUCCAUGGAACAAAAAGACCAACAGAGGGAACAAGCGGUGAUCCCCCUGACUGACUCUGAACACAAGUUACUGCCUUUGCACUUUGCGGUCGAUCCUGGGAAAGACUGGGAGUGGGGAAAAGAUGACAAUGAUAACACCAGACUGGCCAAUUUGAUUCUGUCCCUUGAGGCAAAGCUUAAUCUUCUGCACAGCUACAUGAAUGUAACGUGGAUCCGCAUCCCAUCUGAGACACGGCAGGCCCCUUUGGCUCAACCAGAAUCCCCUACAGCUUCUGCUGGAGAAGACGUGCAGUCUCUGGCUGACUCAAUGGACUCAGACCGAGACUCCAUCUGUAGUAAUUCCAACGGCAAUAAUGGCAAAAACGGGAAAGAAAAAGAAAAGGACAAACAAAGGAAAGAUAAAGACAAAACCAGGACGGAUUCAGUUGCCAAUAAAAUAGGAAGCCUCAGUAAAACCCUGGGAAUUAAACUGAAAAAGAACAUGGGUGGUCUUGGAGGUCUGGUGCACGGGAAGAUGAGCAAAGCCAAUUCAGGGAAUGGAAAAAACGGUGAUACAGUAGAGAAAGUCAAAGAGAAGAAGUCCAAGUCUCGCAAAGGGAGCAAAGAGGAAUCUGGGCAGUCUGCGAGCACGUCUCCCUCUGAAAAGACCACUCCAUCUCCGACUGACAGAGCCAGCAGCUCCCCCACUGAAAAGGUGAACACUAAACCUUUCUCUGACAAGCAGUCUGACCCGUGGAAGUACAGCACAGACGUGAAACUCAGCCUAAAUAUUUUGAGAGCUGCCAUGCAGGGUGAACGAAAGUUUAUUUUUGCUGGCCUUCUCUUGACCAGUCACAGGCAUCAGUUCCACGAGGAGAUGAUCGGCUAUUACCUGACCAGUGCCCAGGAGCGCUUCAAUGCAGAACAGGAGCAGAAAAGAAAGGAAGCUGAGAAAAAGGCUGCGCUGAAUGGCUCCUCUAGCAGGAAACUGGAGCCAGAAGCGUUUUCAAAAGAAAAAUUAGAACCAUCUCCUCAGGAUAGGGCAUCACCCGUCUUGCCUCAAAGCCAUACAACUCAACUGGUUUUAAAGUUUAAAGACCGCACUAGUCCCACUCCCGGGUCCUUUUCUUCGCCCAGCAACGGUGCCAAGAGGAGCGGCCCCAUCCCCGUGUCUGCCCACUAUAGCCAUACCCCCCCCGUCCAAAGGCAAAGCGUCAUCCAUUUGCAUGAUGUCAACUCCAAGCCGUCGAGCUUCCAGGACGAUACCUACAAGCCAGUGGUGGGCACCCUGAAAACCUGUGCCACGUACCCCCAGCAGAACAGGUCGCUGUCGUCGCAGAGCUACAGCCCCGCGCGCGUGCCCGGCAUGCGCACGGUGAACACGGUGGAGUCGCUGAGCUUCGCCAGGCCCGCCGAACACAAGUCCCAGACCUACAGCAACGGCUUCACCAGCGGGGACAGCAGAGACUGCCUGGAGUUCGCCGACGAGGACGCCCCGCAGGCCUGGCUCAGCACUGACAAAAACCAAGGCAGAAGCACAGUUUGCCCGAUCUAUUCCAUCCAGCAGAACCGCUGUAAGAAGGAGAACUGUUCCUUUUAUGGUCGUCCUGAGACUGAGAAUUACUGUUCCUACUGCUACAAAGAGGAGUUAAAGCGCAGGGAGAGGGACAGCAAGGGACACAGGCAUUGAGGGUUCUUCCAUGACUACUUAGUUUUACCAUUUUCUUACUUACAAAGUAAACAGUGUUGGAUUGCAGUAAAAGGAAUCCUUAAAAAAAGAAUAAAGGAUUGAUGAUUAAAUAGUGUCUAGCUCUUCGCUUUUCCAGGGCAAUGAGGAAACAAUAGGAAUAAGUUAUCAUAAAAAAGUAUUAUUUUCCAUUUUGUCAGUGUCUUUUUUACAUAUACUGGUAAGCUGAAGGGUUGUUUACUCCUUUGUCAGUGCUGUGUAUAUGUUUGGUCAAAAAUUUACUAAUGGUGCCUGAAUUUACACUGACAUCACUCAGGUAGUAGAAUGAUAGGGGAAAGUCAUACUAGUGAAGAUGUGGUGUUGUAGUAGGGUAGUAUCUGCCUUGCAGACAUUUGAAAUGAUAUGGCUAUUAUUGAGAGUAUUUUUUCCUCAGUAAAACCUAAAUUUUUCAUAGCCUUUUUUUUCAGGAGGGUAGUGAUCUUGCAUACUGCACAUUUUGAACAUGGCAGCGUAUUGCAUUGCUACUAAUGUUUGUGUAUUUCAGUCUGGAAUGGAAUGAUUCUGGAAAAAUGGGAGUGAAAGGUCUGAAUUCAUGAGGGCUGUAGCUCGUCCUGCUUUUAAGUUCUUACCAAUUAUUUCUAAAUUUUCAUUAAAAAAAAUAGAUUUGAGCCACUUUUACUUGCACUGAGUUUUUAAACAGGUUUUAUAAGAAAAUUCAAUUUGACUUCAUGUCCCCAAGCCCCCCCCCACAGUAUAGUUUUACACACCUGAAUUUCAGAAGUAUUUUUGUUGAUGUUAAAAUGUAGAGAAAUAUUACAAUAAAAUUAAAAUAUUAAAAAAUUACUAGAUAUGGAAAAUUUGAUGACCAGCUAGGAAAUUAAGGAUCAUUUGAGACUCAAACUGCUUGCCAAAACCAAUGUAGUGCAUCAAUGUAUUCCCUUAGCUAGUGCACAAACCUAAUCACUAUUUACUUAGCCUUCUGAACAUUAUUGAAUGGUAAUUAUUGCAAAUGGAACUACUUGAGCCUUUCUUGAAGACUGUUGGCUCCACCUCUUCUCAAGUCUCCUGGAGUGAGUCAUCCGCUCCUCAGGAGGCUCCCAGAUGGCUGGAAAAUGCCUCCAGCAGGAAUGGCAGCUCCUAGCACAGAUUUGCACAAGUCUGAGAUCCAAAUAUUUACGUAAGUGUUUGCAAUACUUUGGAAAAUACAACUUUGCUCGCAGAAACAUUUCUGCAAAGCAGACACUGCAGAUCCUGUUGGAGUGGAUGGAUGGCAUGAGGAAGUUUUCUGGGAUGCAGGGCUGGGUUUGCAGCCCUCCACCAUCAGCUGGCAGAAUGCAGCGACAGGAGCUCCUUGGUGUUGUUACCCUUGUGAACAGCGGCUCAUUUUAAGAGCUGCUUUUUCCUACCAGGUGAAGUCCUGCCCCCAGGGCUGCUGACUGCCACCUCCAGGUGCAGAACAGGAGUUCUGCCUUCCUCAAGAAGGAAUAAAGGCCCACACAGGAAAGAUUCUUUGCCAAAGAGUCUUCAUUUCUGAUUCUUUUCCUGCCCAAUUUUAUUUCUUGGCAUGGGUGGCACAGUUACAUACAGUUUAAUCCUAAUUAACCCUGACACCAAGCCUAAAGUCCCCUGUGAAACAAGAUGCACAAACUUCUGCUGCUGUGUCCUGGCUUUCAGAAAAAGCAUGUGAGCUUUUUCUGGUGUCCCAAAUUGGUAGAACUGAGCACAUACUUAAAAUUGACCAUAUUUUUAGGUUUUCUGCUGAAUGAGAGGUUUCAAAAUAAGUCCCUUGGUCACUUCUAUAAAAAGUUAGGGUCUUUGCCAUGUUAGCUGUUCCAUGAAUCCAGACCUGUACUUCAUAUUCCUUGCUGUAUACUGAGCAUACGCUGACUCUUACUGAACUUGCAUUCCUUCAUGAAAGGGAGGUGUUGGUAUUUGUUAAAGAUCCGUGUGACUCCUGUCCUUAAGGUAAGCACCUUCCAAAUCCCCUGUCUCCUGUUGCUUACCCUGGUAAGCAGUGUCCUGUUUUGCUUUGCUGUUGUGAUUAUUACAUUAUAAAGUUCUAAUUGUCAAAGAAAACUGGGAUUCCAAAUUAUGCUAGAACAAGCCAGACCGUGUUAAAAAAAUUAAAUAUUAUACUGGAUUGUGUUUGCUGCUGAGACUGAGAAAACUGGCAGGAUAAACUAGAAAUAUUUAAGAAUUCUUAGGGCAUUAGACUAGCAGUAGUGUGUGAUACUCUAUUUCUGUGUGAAGUUGUGCUUCAGAAAUAUUACAUUAGCAGCAAACCACACCAGCCCAGGUAUUUAGGAGUUGCAUCCUUUCCAAAUGAGGAAAAAAGCAAUACGUAUGUAAAAAUUAACAGUUACCAUGAGAUUUUGCUGUUUCCCAUUUUCAUUGGAUUUGUUUCUAUAGUAUAUUUUUAAGAUCUUCUUAUAAAAGAAAGAAAUUUACAACUGGUCAAUAUUUAGGUAAAGUACUCUGUCCUGAAUUAUUGAAUACAUUGUACUUGUGCAUUAGAUUAUUUUGAAAGAUUGAUUGGUCUUGUCUGUCUACAAUACCAAACCCAAGUGUUCAUUAUCAUCCCCAGGACACUCAGAUAUUUCCAUAAAUAUUUACCUCUACAGGAUUGCUCACUUUAAAGUAUCUGUUGUGUGAAAUGACUGCCCAUUUCCUUAGAAUCUUUUUGUUGGGAUAUCUUUCAGUAAUUUUCUAAUUGCUGUUUCCUUUUAGAAUUCUCUUCAAACAUUCUUUUUCUGGCCUGUUUGUGGCAGCUGUGCCGUAGUUGUCAUUAAACAGCCCAGACAUGCAGAACUGUGCCCCUCCUGAAGCAGAAGUGUUGUUCCAUUAAAAGAAGACUGUAGCUAUAGAAGAAAAUUUUCUACCUAUUUUUUUAGAGACUUCCCAACUGCUCACGGGUUGCAUUCAGCAGCUGUGAAAGACAUUGUGUCAUUCCUUAGCUGCAUGCUAGAGGUAAUGACCUUGGUUUGUGUUUUCCUGUUGUACUGUGUGCUAACCUCUGAGUGCUCUUUGGGGUUGUUUUUGCUGACAAUGGGAGGUGUUUGCAGCCCCCAGGCCAGCCAGCCCUGUGCCAGUGUGCUCUGUACACCCUCCCGAGUUCCCACAGAGCCCCAGAUGUGGAGAAUCAGCUUUGCUUGGGAGGGACCCCACUCAUUCCUUCUGUUGGCCCAAGGGGCUGCAGGGCUCACACGUAUUUUUGAAUUUGUAUGUGCUUUUUGCCCCCUCUCUUCUUGAAGGUGUUUCAACAUUUGUCACUGCAGUCCAGAUUUCAGAAGUACAGAAUAGGCUGCACCUUCCCAGAAUGGAUCCAAAAUCGCCAGGAGAUAUUUAGGUGGGAGGAAGCUGGAAUUCUUUUAAAGUGUGAAUGUGCAAUUUUUCUAAUUUGAAAAAGGCUUAAACCUAUUAUGCAAUUUUUUUUACUUUGUUCUAAACUCUGAUGCAAAGGUCUUUUUGUAACAGAGGAUACCUGUGAUACAUAAUGGGUUUCAGUCAUGCUUUAUAUUAAAGUUUCAUUUGAAAUGAUUUAUACAGAGUUAAUAAACCACUGUUAGAGUUUACAAAUAUAUUUUCAGAGGUGGGUAUCAGUUGUAGCAUAUGGCUAACAAGCAGCUCAUUCCGAAGAAGGUUUUGUAGAUUAUCAAAAGUAACUUCAGAUUUUAGAUUGGUGAACGUUUUGUUCUAUAAAUGCAAUGGCAAUAUUGUCCCAGCUUUCUUUAGCAAUUAGUUGCUUCUUCCUAAAUGAGAGGUAACAUGAGGAGCAUCAGUAGAAGGCAGAUGCUGUAGCUGAACAGUUUUGUGUUGUCUGUACGCUGAGAAGGCUGCGCGGGCCGGGUGGAGCCUGCGGCGGUGCUGGAGGAGCUGAGCUGGGCUGUGAGCAGUGCCCAGGGCAUUGCUGGGGAUGGAUGAACACAUUGUGAUGUGGAUAUCACCACACGCACAGCACAGAGUGACAAAUGCUGCCUGCCCUGCCCUCCCCGGCUCUGAGAGCUGCCCCGGUGCUCACCGUCCCCAGGGACACUGCCUGUCUCCAGAAACUUCCAGCAGGAACAAAUGGUUGUGAGCGAGGCCUGAGCCUUUGGCAGUGUCUGUUCCCCACGGGCUGCCUGCGGUUCCUCCUCCAGGGAGGCAGUGGGUGAGAAUUUGGCCUGAGGAGUAAAGAGAAGCCUGAGGCCUCUUUGGGCUCCAUUUGCUGUUUUCUGCAGUGUGCACAGAAUCCCUUUAGCACCGGGGGCCUUACAGCAAGGGCUUCAUUGACGUGUGAGCUGUUGCAAACUGGGCAUGGGAGGGGAGUGAGGAGUGAGGGCUCCAUAGCACUGGGAGUGUCCUGCACAGGUGAAACCCCAGACGUUCAUAGAAACCACAACGAUCUCAGAUAAACCUGAGUCCAGAGAAGCAAAAUAACUGAUGCUGAUUGGAGAUGGCUUUUCAGCUUCGUGUAUUUUAAGUCUCUGUCAGUGUAUUUGAAGAGUAUUUGUUUUAGGGAAUGGCAGCUUACGUGGAGGAUCACCAAACUAUAGCAUAGAAAUGAAAUUAUUUCAAUAACAGACACUAAUCUCUAUUUUAAUUUGCACAUGGAUUUCCAGUGUAUAUGACUAAAAUCUUAUAUUGUUAAAAAUGAGAGGAGAACAACACAAAGGUGUUUGUAAGUAGGUUCUAUUUGUAGACUUAAGGCUGUAUUAUGUUGGAAUUUUACAAGCCAAGUUUAAAUUGUAAUAUAGAAAUUAUUUUUAUAUUAUUUUCAAAAUACGCUACAGAGCAAUAUUUUGCGCCUUUAUUAUAAACAGGGUCAUCAUUUUAGUAGGUUACUUUCAGAAAUGCUGGUAGAAAUUAUCCAUGAAAAGAAAGCUUUGUAAAUGUACUUGUUGUUUCUAACUGCUCUGUCUGUUGUGCACAUCUGUAUCUAAUGUGAGUUGAAUAUACAAAUUUUUUUUUAAUUGAAAAAGCUUUAAAUUUUUCUUUAUAUAUUUUGGUACAACACUGUUCCUCUCUAUUUAAUUGUUCUCUUCCAGUCCUUACCAAUAGCCACUUUUAUAAGCAGCGUCUGAAUAAACAUGCAUCUGAAAAAUUUCCUUACCAAAUGAAACAUUUCUGCACAGAUACUGAUUGACUUGGGACUUUCAUAGUACACUCUGAACCCAUUGGAGUAGAAUUCCUUUGCUUUUUUUUUAAAAAAAAAAAGAGAGAAUCAGCUAUUUAUUAUUCCUUCAGAAUGAAAAUCAAGACUGAAUAACCCAUGCAAACAUUUAGCAUCCAGAGGAAAAAAUCACUCUAGAUCAUAGAAAUGUCAUCCCUAAUUGGCAGAUACAUCCUCUUAAUA